AUGGUCUUCAAACCGUUUACCCAUCUCGCACGUCAGAGUUUCACCAAAGCCUUCACUCAUGGCUAUGCUCAGUCGGUAGUUGCGGCGUCGCAGUCUUCCUACGCGUCUUCCGCCACAUUCAAUCAACUCGCCAAUCAACCGGCAAAGGUCUCCCGGAGUGCCUUGCAAAAUGUAUUCCAACCCUCAAGUUCUUCCGGCGCUGGCGCCAAAGCCAGCCAGGGCGGCUCGGGCUCAGGAGACUUAGGUCUCGCGGCGUAUUAUGCCGCGUGGCAACACGCUCAGCAGACUGGCGAUGAUAGUGAUUGGAAACAGUUUCAGGUGAAGCGGAAAUUGGGCUGGAAACCGUCAACGCCGGAAGAAGCAGCAAAAUCCGAGGAUGGCCUGAAUUCAACGAAUUCCCAUAACUUCGACUCGCCACAUAUCACGAAGGCCUCUGCCAACGCCGAUGUUAGCGCUCAGGUGGAGGAGGCGGUAGCUCGCGAGAUUCAGAUCCAGGAAGAGCAAGCCCAAGCUGAGGAGGCAUCCGAAGCAAAGGAUAACUCGGCCACGGAGGCAUUUCCUGAACUACCAGCGGACGUAGCUGCCAUCGAGGAUGUCUCCACGGAACAAGCUCGCAUCGCUUCCGAUCAGAUUAUCCAGCUGGCUUUGACGAAGAAGUACGCUGAGAUCCCGAGUGCUUUCGAAGCACUGCUAAGGGAUGGCUUGACUCCCACGGUCGGUGCUUACAAUGCCCUGCUAGAAUCAGCUGUACAGCUUCAUGGUGACACCGCUCAGGCGAUCCCGAAGGCACUGGAUGUUUAUUCCGAUAUGCUCCGUCGUAGGGUAAUUCCCGACGAGCAGACGUAUCGGACCCUCGUCCAGCUAUUCGUGGAGCGCGCACACGAUGCCCUGAAGUCCAAGAAAUCGCUCGAGCGGGACCGGAUCCGCUACGGAGGAAUGGAAGAGCCUGGCAAGUUCAUGCUCCACUCGAGCGAGUUAGAGCGAGCCAUUCUCGAUGAAGACCAUUCACUCGGCAUCGCUAUCAAACUAUUUGACACUGCCACGACAAGACACACCGAUGUCGUCUUUUCAUUAGACACGUACAGCCGCCUAAUUAUCGCAUGUGCGAGGGAGGGUCAAGUUGAGAAUAUGAUUCGCAUCUACGGCCACAUGGAAACCCAGAAAGUUACACCGCAUGCCUCUAUCUUCCCGUCGAUGAUCGAUGCAUUCGCCUCUACUGGAGAUCUGAAGAGCGCUAUCGAGUGCUACAACGAAUAUAAGGCUCUCGCAAUUUCAGACGAUAAUGGUACGUUCAGCAUCGUUCAACGUCUGGAUGGCCAGGUGUACGCUGCGUUGGUCAAAGCGUAUCUAUCGUGUGGUAAGGAGAAGGAGGCUUUCCGCUUUUUGGAGCGGAUCCGGGCCUCCUUCGAUGAGGUGACAGAAAAUCGAGAAACUCGGAAAGAUGCUGUUGAAACCGUGAUCGUUCGAGAUGGUCUUGUUUCGCACUCCUUAAAAUCGGGUGAGUAUGAUAAGGCGUUGAGUCAAGCUAAGGCCCAGUUGCGCGAUGGGGCCCUGGAUCAUGCCAUGGCCGAAAUCUGCAUCGCCGCGGCGGAUGCCGGUAACCUCAAAACGGCUUCCGAAGCAUACGAUUGCCUGCCUACUGAUACCACAAAACGUCAUGCCCCUGCUAUCUCGAUGCUGGCAUUGUACGUGCGUCAAGGCAACGUGUCGGCCGCUAGGCCUCUGUGGGUGAUGCUAAGCACUGUGGGUCAGACAACACCGGACAUGGUUCAGCCGACGGCUAUGUAUUCGGUGGCCUUAUUGAAGAGUGGUCAGAUCGAAGAAGCCUUGAUCGAGGCCCGUAAUAUGUUUGGACGGGUCCGCAACGCUUCGAUUGACAACCCUUAUCUACUCAACUCUGUCCGGGAGCAGAUCAAUGAAAGUCUUCAUCUCAUCGGUCGCGUACUUAUCCAGACUGCUGCCGUCCUCUCUCCCCAAACUGUCAUGGCUCUCCUUUGGUCAAUGGUCGAGAACGGUGGACUGGUCUCCCCGGUCGCUGACCACGCUGUCGCCAGCCUCGGUCCUAUUGCCAUCCAACAGCUCAACCCCCGCGACCUAACCCUUGCUCUCCAGGUCCAGGCCGGCAUGCUUGUCAACAGCUCCGCGUCUUUGGAUGUUGCGCACCCGAUUCGCUUUUCUCACAUGCUCGACAUCGCCUUAGCUACCGGGCUUCAAAUGGAUCCGUACACCACUCGCGUCGUCGACCAGGCGGUCGGGAAGCUAUUCAACAGCCGUCCUGACAUGGUAAGGAGAUGGCACGACCACCUUGGGCUCACUUCCAGCCCUUCUUCGUUCAUGUCCGAUCGCCACACUCCGGUCUCUGAGAUGUCGGCGAUGACCUCUGCGCCCAGCGAAGACUCGUUCGACCCGUACGCCUAUGCCACCGAUUUCAAAGGGUCUGCGAUGAUUGCCGAACAGUUGGAAAGCACCAGCGGUCGCCCUGAGUCCCACCUCAACGAUUCUUUGGCUCGGCUUCGGAACAUGCGCCGCUCUGGCCGUCAUCCUCGCUACAUCACCUAUGCCAAACUGAUCACCGCUGCCGCCAAGUGUCAUCGCAACGAUUUGGUCCAUGAAAUCCUGAGCAUGGCUCGCCGCGACGUCCCUCUCCUGCACCAGUAUCACGCUGUCAAGUACGGUUGGGUGUCAAUUCUUGACGCCAUGGUAGCCUCCUGUCUUACCCUUAAUGACCGCAGCCUCGCCUCCAAAUAUCACCAGGAGCUUUCGGAACUCGGCUCCGCUCCGUCGGCCAACACCUUCGGUCUUUAUAUCACCACGCUCAAGGAAUCGACCAAGACCUUCGACGAAGCGACCGAAGCCCUGAAGAUCUUCCACCGUGCGGUCGCCGAAGGAGUUGAGCCUACCUCGUUCUUGUACAACGCCUUGAUCGGAAAGCUUGGCAAAGCCCGUCGUAUUGAUGAUUGUCUCUUGUACUUCGCUGAGAUGCGUGCCCAGGGUGUGCGUCCCACCAGUGUUACCUACGGAACAAUUGUGAAUGCCCUUUGCCGAGUCAGCGAUGAACGUUUCGCCGAAGAGAUGUUUGAGGAGAUGGAGUCGAUGCCCAACUACAAGCCUCGCCCAGCUCCCUACAAUUCCAUGAUUCAGUACUUCCUGAACACCAAGCGCGACCGCAGCAAGGUUCUGGCAUACUAUGAGCGUAUGCUCAGCCGUAAUAUCCAGCCCACCAUGCACACCUACAAGUUGCUCAUCGACGCAUACGCUUCUCUAGAGCCUGUAGAUAUGAAGGCUGCUGAGAAAGUACUCGAGACCAUCAAAGCCGCCGGACAGCAACCCGAGGCCGUGCACUAUGCAUCCCUCAUCCAUGCCCAUGGCUGUGUGAUGCAUGACAUGAAGGCUGCUCAGGAGGUUUUCAACUCAGUCGUCUCCAACAGCAAAGUGCGACUCCAACCAUGCCUGUACCAGGCCCUCCUAGAGGCCAUGGUGGCCAACCACCAGGUCGCACAAACUGAGGGCAUUGUGAAGGAUAUGGCCCAGCGUAGGGUUGAUAUGACUGCCUACAUUGCCAACACUCUUAUCCAAGGGUGGGCCACUGAGGGCAACGUGAGCAAAGCCAAAGCCAUCUAUGAUACCAUCGGUGUGGACAAGCGGGAGCCCAGCACUUACGAGGCUAUGACUCGUGCAUUCCUCAUCGCCAACGAGCGAGAGAACGCCUCUCGUAUUGUGCAAGAGAUGCUGUCUCGCGGAUACCCGACCGCUGUCGCUAGCAAGAUUGUGGAUCUUGUCGGUGGCGGCGCCGCGGUCGCCGCUGCCUUGUAG